CCUCUGCGCGUGCGCACCGCUCCUCUUUCCGCCUCCGCUUGGAAACCUUCCCUCGGAGGUCGGUGGGCUGUAGGAGGCGGCUUUUCUGUGUACAGUGUGUCGUUUAUUGAGUUGGGUUUCCAGGGUUUCCACGCCACCUGUGAAGGUCAGCGGCGGUGGUCCACGGCUCCGUGCCUCCACGGACUGCGGUUGGCCGUCGCCAUGACAGCGACCGCUGGGGGCCCUGGAUCUUGGAGUGAAAAUAUACUAGAAUAUUUUCUGAGAAAUAACCUGACCACAACAGAAGAUGGCGCUGAGAUCGUCUGGUAUCAUGCAGCCAACCACAAGGCACAACUCAAUGAGGCACUGAAAAGUAAGGCUCACAUGAUAGAGGCUGAUGUCCUCCUUCCAGGUGAUGGAUCAGAGUAUAGCCAACCAAUCAUGGCCCAUCCUCCUGAAACAAAUAGUGAUAAUACUUUACAGGAAUGGCUGACUGCAGUUAUAAAAAGCAAUAAAGGCAUCAAGCUGGAUUUCAAGAGUCUGGCAGCUGUGGAACCAUCCAUGAUGCUCUUGGAAAAUGUGAAGAGGCAUCUGAAACGUCCUGUGUGGAUUAAUGCUGAUAUUCUUCCUGGUCCAAAUGGAAAUAGCAGGGUAGUGGAUGCAAAACCUUUUAUAGACACAGUGACAUCCUUCUUUCCAGAUGUGACAUUUUCCCUGGGUUGGACAACAGGAUGGCAUCCUGAGAAAGUCAAUGAAGGUUACAGUUGGACAAUGGUGAAAGAAAUGGAAUAUAUAUGUAAGGAGCUAAAUCAGCCUGUAACAUUUCCUGUCAGAGCAGCAUUAGUCAGGCAGUCUUGUUCUCAAUUACUUUGGCUGUUAAAGAAAUCAAACAGGUUCUCAAGUCUGAUGUAUUGGUGUUGAGAACUUAUAGCAUCCGAGGGCUAUUUUCCAAGCCUGACAGAGCAAUCCUGGUCCUAGAAGAGACUUUGGUAUGAGAUCCAGUUGUUCAAAAAAUCAGCUUUAAAAAGUACAGUAGUUUAUGGCCCUGUAAAGUUGACGAAAUUACUAGUCAGAUAUGUACUCAUUUAUCAAGUGGGAAAUUGUUAAAAGCUAUUCAGAACAGGUUGCUUAUUUGCUUGUUUGUUGGAGCUAGGGUCUUAGUUUUUUCCUUGUAAUUAUAAAAAUUAAGUACCUAGAGAAUAUAUAGAAAAAUGCCCUAUCUCUCUCCUUGAAAUUUAAGAUAUGAGCUUGCCUAGGAGGAGCCUACAGUCUGCUUAUAAUCCUAAAUUCAUGAAUCAAUGCAGGGAAAAUAGUUGACUGAUGGAAAGAUUAACAUAGUAGUACUAAAGAACUUUUUUUUUUGUCUAGAAAAUGGGAGUAUAAUGGAUGAGCAAAAACAAGAAAGUCUGAUAACCUGGUCUUGGAAGAAGCAGGGCAGGAUCUAAGAGCUCUUGGGACCUCAACAGCAGGAGCUCAGGGUCUUUGUUCUAGUGUCUAGUGUUCCAUAUCAGUGUCAUUCUUUUACUCAUGACUGUGAUUGCUUCUCUCUCUUCUUUGUACCCACCAUCCAGGGACUCUAAUUUUCUAGUCAUUUGUGUCUUCAGGGCUCACCGGGGAAUACUGUGGGGAGGGAAGGGGAUAGGCAUUUAAUUGAUGUCUGAUGUGCUGAAGCUGUGCAAAUAAUACAGAAAUGAUUUCUAACCUCAAGAAUCUUACAGUCUAGGUGGGGGAGAGACACCCCUUAACAGUAAGUUGGAUUCUGCCUUAAGUCCUGUGAUGGAACGGUAUAUACCAGGUUGUGGUGACAGCGUUUUGUUCAAAUUGAGAGAAAACACGUUAAGUUGUGUCUUGAAUGAUGAGUAAGAUUCACCAGGUAGACUUAGAGGAGGAAGGGCCUUUCAGACAAAGGCAUGUGAGCAAAGGAACUCUAAGGUGGAAAGAGACAUGUGACCUGUUCAAAAAGUAUGUGGAGGCACCAUAUACUAUGAGGCUGGGCAUUUAUACAGGGACCAGAUUCAUUUUCUGAGCCAAUGAGUUUGCUUCUUUUCUCUUAGGUCAUAGGAAUCAUUGCACCCUUUUAAGUAGGGGAGCUUUAUUAUCAGUUUUAGUGUUAGAAAUGUGUUUAAAAUGGCAUGAGGAGAUUUGGAAUUCUUGAAGUGAAAGGAGAUGAAGCCCUGAAGUAAGGUGAUAGCAAAAGGGCAUGGAAAUGCUCAAGAGACAGAGGAAAGAGGUUAUGAAGGAAGAAGUUGUAAGAGUUUUUAAACUAGUUGUAUGGGGAGUAUGGGAGAGAGGCAAGAGUCUAGCAUAUGUGUUUUUCGCUUGAGUAACAAAGGAUCAGGUGCUGCUACUAACCCAAGCAGGAUAGGACAGAGGCCAAGUGUAGCUAUAUUUCUCAGUGAUUUGUUGAUUUUGCUCCUUUAUACCAGCUUGGAAAGAAAACUGAAAACCUCAUCUGCAUGCCCCUUAACUCACCUCUUACUCUAACUUCAGGAAGGAUGCUCUUUUUUUAUUUAAUUUGACCAGUUUCUUAAAGACCCACCCCCAAUUAAUUGCUACUCUACUACAUAUUUUAAUUAUUCUGUAAUUGUAAACAAAGAAAACUAUUUCCAUAGUCCCACUAUCAAUGAAAAGGGAAAACAGGUAGGGCUUGAAAGGGGCUCGCUCAGCCUCCCGCCCUCUAGAAAGGUUCUUAUUUCUAUGUUUCUGCCCAAGAAAGGGACCAAUUUGACUAAAUCUAGUGGCUGAGCUCCUCUGGGUUUACUUGCUGCUACAGAAUGUUCAUUAAGACUUCUCAUUGCCUCUUUCUUCUCUAUCCUUUCCUUGGGAUGAAAGAAUGUAGUAAGAGUUCAAAAAUUUAACUGAAAUAUUGACUGUGAGACUCUGUUGCUAUUUUGUGAACUCAAGAGCUAAUCAAAAAACUCUGGAUUAAAGUAGAAAGGCAUGACCUUUUCACAGAGCCUGUUGAGCUCAGCCCCUAAACCAAAGUUCCUUUGAGGAAUCUUCUGUGACUUCCUCAGGCAGACCUGUGGGCUUUCUCUUGAGGGACCUCCUCUGCUAGAGUAUAAUUAUUCUAAAGGUUUGUGUUUUGUUCUCAGCUGUGUUGUUUUAGCGGAAGAAACUAUUCAUUUUAAUGUGAUGUCUAGUCAGAAUAGGCCCUUAACAAAUGGUGGGCAGGAUGGAUGGAUGGAUGGAUGGCACAAAACUUCAGUAAUUUUUUAGACCAGUUGUUCUCACAGUGCGGGCUCACAAAACCCUCAGUCCCCCUGAGAUGCUUUUAGGAGAUUCAUGAGGUAGAACCAUUUGUGAAAUUGUUAUUAUUCACAAAUAACAGCAUUUGACAUUUACACUGAUUUUGGAAAAACAAUGGUAGGUUAAAUGGUUGAAGCCUUAGUAUACAUCAAGUUUAUGGCAUCAGCUAGUAAUCGUAUUCUUCACUGCCACCACUCACAUUAAAAAGGGGGAAAAAAAGACUUAGAAGUAUCAUCACUGAUUCAGCAAAAAUUAUUAACUUUUGAUGCUGAGUCAAGAUAACAUCCCUGAGUUAAUAUUAAGAUCUUAGGGUACCUGGGGCACCUGGGUGGCCCAGUCGUUAAGCGUCUGCCUUUGGCUCAGGUCGUGAUCCCUGCAUCCUGGAAUCGAGCCCUGUAUCGGGCUCCCUGCUCCACUAGGAACCUGCUUCU